AUGAAACCCCGCCGAGCUAGAAAAGAAUCAACAGUGAAUAUCAUGUCCUCGAAUGACAAAGAAAAGUCUCAAGAAAUGCGUGGAUCUCGGCAAUUCGUCGAGUACUCAAUCGAAUCCGUCGAUUUUCCUUUAGAAUCUACUUAUGCCGACGCUCUCAAGAAUUCAUCGCAAAAAGUGACUCACGAACUCACCGACCGAAAACCGUUCAUGUCCGGAAAUGCUGCGAUAGAAUCUGUCCACGGGCUGAUUCACUUGUACAAGACAAACUACGGCUUCAAUAUCACGGAGGAAGGCCCUAGCGACAUGCUCCUGCUCGUCCAUGUUCCAGUCGAUCUAGACACGCACGAUCUGCUCCGUUUUCUCGGAAAUUACGAUAAGAAAAUGGAAUACAUCAAGAUCGUGCGCGACCAAUCUCUGAAUCAGUACAUGGUCCUCUUAAAAUUCGACGAGCAACAAAGUGCUGAUACUUUUUAUCACUCAAUUAAUGGGCAGAAAUUUAACUCGCUGUUAGAAGAAACUUGCCAAGUCGCGUAUGUGGGAAAAGUGGAACUGCUUCACGCUGGAGAAGGCGCAGGCUGGCCAGCGAAUGGACGAGUCGGUGAAGUCCGUUUUGACCGUUCUUUGCAAUCAUUCCUUCCACUCUCAAUGUCUGAAAAAUGGGAAGACUCCACUUGCCCAGUUUGUCGAUAUACGCAAACUCCGUCGAGUGAGGAAAGCGAACGAAAUGCCUGUCUUUCUUGCAAUUCAAAAGAAGAUCUAUGGAUUUGUCUCGUUUGCGGAAACAUUGGCUGCGGGAGAUACACACAAGAACACGCUCAGCAGCACUACUUGGACACUUCUCAUAACUACGCGAUGGCGUUGAGCGACAAUCGAGUUUGGGACUACGCUGGAGAUUAUUUCGUCCACCGACUGGUCACGAACGAAAGCUCGGAAAAAAUCGUAGAGACGAAGGUCAAUUCGAAAGAUUUGGAAGCGAAAAUUCAAACCGAGUGCUUGAAAUUCUUCAGCGUUCAGUUGGAGGAACAGCGAAAAUACUGGGAAGAGAAGUUGAAGCAGAAAGAUCAGGAGCACCAAGAAAAAUGCGAAAAGAUCACUGAAGAGCUCGACAAACUGAAAUCCCGCGCUGUCACCAAGGACGAAUUUGAGAAAGAAAAACAAAGCUACGAAAAACGACUCCGAUCGGCGACGGAAAAAGCAGUCAAGGCGUCUACGGAGUUGCAGAAUGAGCGUUCGAUGACUCUUAGCAUGGUCGAGACAAGAACGGCGCAAGAUAAAAGAAUUAAAUCAUUGGAGGAAGAAAACGCCUCUCAAUCAGCUACUAUUAGAGAUCUAAUGCUCCAUCUCGAGGCGCUGCAAACGAUCAAUAACGAAAACGAACUCAAGCGUGACUUCAGCGCCCGUUCUCAGCAGCUUCCUGGCGGCUCGGCUUCGGACAAGCUUGAAUGCAACAUGAGCAUUCUCGACCUUGCUGUCAUCGGAAGAAAACCGUUUUCAAGUUCAAAGAUUAUUUUUAAACGAUAUAAAGAAGACCAAGAAAUGCUAGAGAAGCUUUUCCAAACAAAGGGAAAGCACAGUUCUCUUCAUUUAGCGUGUCAGAAGCAAAAGAAAGGCCCUGUUCUGAAGAAAAUAAUCAAUCUCUAUGCAAAAUAUGGGUUUAAAGCUGAUCGAGUUGCCGAGCACAACAUGUCCACAAUUGCUUGGCUACUUGACGAUGGCGGGAAAUGCGCCGAUCCAAGAGAACCUCUAAUUGCUUUGCUCGAGCACGGUGCCAAUCCAUCUUUGCGCGUCGACUACAAGGGAAUUCGAUCACUUCCUGAAGUCAAUGGCAAUGAAGGUCCUUGGGCUAAAGACGAAGAAGUCAAGGAGGACGUCAUCGAUAUUUUGCACAAGGCACGGCGUCAGAAAUCGAAGAACGUAGGCAAACUUGCGAAGCAAGCCUUUUACGAGUCGUUGAAGGAGAGCCUCGCUGACAACCCGAAUGAAAAUGCAAAGAGCUACCUCGAGAACAUCGCGGAUAUGAGGGAGAAAAUGCGCACCGUGCCCAGUGAUGAGUCCGAAAUCUACUUUGGCUGGAACAAGGUGUAUGAGCUGAAUAAAGAAACAGUUAAAACGCAGCGGGAGCGAGACGCGAUCGAGGAAGAGUUCCAGUUUCAUGACAAAGACUGUGACAGCUGUGUUCGCCGAGAGUGCGGAAAAGUCAAGAAGCGAAAAUUGCGAAAGAGGACUAAGCGAGCGAUUCCUGCACUACAAGACACUGAGAGCGAUUGCCUCAUUGUCAAGCAAGAAGUGAUGGAAGGAUCUUCCCAAAAGAAACCUCUGACCAUCUUAGAGGAGCUGGAAAAGAUGGAUGAUUCGGAUAAUCCCAUCGAUUUGGACAAGCUAGAUACGCCCGCUACAAGUGACUACGGUAUCAAGUCAGCGGCCGAAUCAAAAGAAAAAGAUCAGCAGGAAGAUAAUCAAGAAGCAGAAGUACCUGAAAAGAACAGCGAUAAAUCCUCAGCCGAGCCUGAAAAAUCUGAAUCAGCGAAGCCUCCACAAGACGACGGAGAGGCGCAAGAGGAAACUGAGCCAUCUGCUGUUGCAACUGUUCCAAAAAAUCUAGAAAAAGUUGUUACGAGUCCAGCGAAGACAAUCCUUGCCUCAGUAACAAUGCACUUAGACGAUGUUCCUCUCACUUCAGCUGCGCACUACAAGGAUAUGAACUCUCCGAAAAUGUCAUCGCGUGGAACCUCUCUGAACGGAAGCCAUCAAUCUGUUCCCGAUGUUAUUGAUUUGACCAAUUGCUCUCAAUCUCCAGAAAAGCCUCCAGCUGAGACUCCAUCCAGUAAAACUAGCUCUGAGACGCUGCCACAAGAAAAAAGAGUCUGCAGAGCUAUCGGUUGUAGAAAGCAUCCAGGCUUGCGUUGUUCCACUUGCAAGGUCUUCUACUGCAGCCGACAAUGCCAGUGUAAGGACUGGAAAAGACAUAAACAGGAAUGCAAGAAGCUAAAGAAACAAUACGACCAGCGAAAUAAUUCAGGAGUUGAAGCUAUUUCAGCAGUCACCGAGCCCGUGGAAAUCGCCGAAGUUGAUAGUGACGGAGCCAUCGUUGACCAACUUCCUUCCAAGGAGAGGAAGAUCUCUUUACAGUCUCAGUCAGAGAAGCCUAAGAUGGAGGCAGCUUCGAAACCAAGCAUGGCGAUAGUUCAUCCAACAAAUAUCACUCCUGCGCCAAAGCCUGUAAUCGCUAGAAUUUUGUCUCCGUCUCGAAAUUCUAUCAAUAUACCCGCGUCCAAUCCCCCACCUGCGAGUGCAAAUGAAACAUCAAACAAGCGGGGAAACUCCGAAACAGGCUUGCCGGACGCGAAGAAAAGAAAACUAAACCGACAAAAUCAGAACGACUCGGGUAGUGAAAUCGCUUUUACUCGUGAUGCACGCAACAUGCUCACAGAACUUGACAAUCUUUCGGACAGAAAUAAAAACUUCUCUUCCCGCAAGAAAGAAUUCGACGCUGACCUAAAAAAGGAGCUCGUGCCAGCGAAGCAAGAUCAAAUCGAGCUCUUGUCAAUGGAGAGGCAGUUUGAUGAGCUCCUAGAUGCUUUUUCAACAACUGAUCCUAAUGAAGCCAGGCGAAGUCGAAAGCGACGUGGAAUAAGCGAUCAGGAGCACCGACUGCACAAGCUUCAUCAAAAGUUGAGAGAAGAGAUUCCUCAGCUGCUUUAUCCUGCUUACGUUCAUCAUGAUUAUACAAUCUACACGAAGGAUUGUAAACUUGUGAUUGAGUAUGGACUCGAUAGUCGCCGAGAAUUCAACGGCGUCAAAAGUCUCCGUGGCGGUGUCGAAAUUGCGAAGACAUUCGUCACCGCGGAACUCUCCAAUCCAACUGUAACUUUGAUGUCUUCCGAUAUCAAAGCGCGGCUCGGUAUUCUCGAAUUCAAAUGGACCGUUCAUGGUGAAGAGAGAUUGAAGUUUCUUUCCGCUGGUCGGCCAAAAGUAUACACCUUCAUUUCCCAUCUCAACGUCAACGAUGACGGACUUGUCUACAAACACACCGUGACAAGUAUCGAAAUCGAUAAGUCGGCGGCUUUGUCUAGCCGGGCGAUUCUUGCCAUUCCCUUUGAGUUGGACUCGCUGGCGCGGCGGGAAGAAAGUAAAUAUUAG